AUGGGCAGACCACCAGCAACACGGGCGUGCGACAGGUGCCAUGCCGUCAAGGAAAAAUGUAGACGUAUCCCCGGCCAGAGUGCCUGCGAACGUUGCCACCGACUGCAGAACACCUGCCAGAGCCUAAGGCCCGUGGGAACCGCUGGCCGCAAGCCUCGUCACCACCGCCAUGAGGGGAGUACGACAACAAUCCAAGUACGUCGCGCCCGUAGCGGGAGCUCUUCUACGGUCUCGGCAGCAGCGUCAUCAGUCCAACAAGGCACUACUCCAGCGAGCCCUGCAUCGGACAUAGUCUCUCUACCAGCAUCUCCAGCUAGAUCGGAUGUAGUGUUCAGAUCCAGGACUCUUUCCAUGUUUGCCGACAUGAACGAAAGAGAGUUAUUCAUUAUCAAGUGCAUAUCACAAGGACGACCGCAGAUUGAGCAAUUCUUGGUAGCACCAAGCUUCCAGGUAAACCAUCACAAGACUUUUGCGCGGCACCUUCAUAACGCACCGCCAUGGAUCCACGACGCUUUGAUAGCAACUGCGGCUCUCUUAGCUUGCGAGUAUGAUCCUGAUCCCUUCCCCGAAGACAGGGCUAUCGGCUACAGACGAGCGGCUUCUGCGGUUUCCACUUUGCGCUCGGUCAAACCUCUCGAUCCUGGCGACAUACCCGUCAUUCUACUGCUAGCAGUGAGCGCACUCACCUUCGCAUUCCAUAUCUCCGGAAGCGGUUUGGCGAUAUGUAGGCAUGCUCUCCUCACCAUCAAGCCCAUGUACGACUCGACUCCAGUGCUUGAUUCUGAAUGCUCGGCAUUUUUCGUCUGCCUGGUCAUGUCAGAGACGGAGGAAUGCUAUCUGAUGGGCGAGUUGCCCACACUCCGGUUUAAACUGGAAAUUACGGACGGCUCUGUAGAUCGCUAUGUGGGAAUUGCUGCGCCAAUGAUACCCUGCAUGUACGAUAUUUGCGAAGUCAGCUAUCUAUUGCGCCAGGACGAGCGACCUAGCGAUUCCGAAAUCAUGGAAAUCAUUGAUUCAAUCGAGUUGGUUGUCCACAAAUGGACGCCUACACUGCCCGAGGGAUGCGCCAGUCGUUUCUUGCAACAAGAAAUGGUGAGCAUCUUGGCUCAAGCUAACAUCCUCCGCUGGUCUGUGCUCCUCAUGAUUCACCGGCUGCGCUAUCCUUUCGGUACAGAGUUAGCAGGAGGCAAAGCUCUGUCAGAAGCAAUCCUUGAAGAAUUGCGUUCAGCGGUUCGGCAUACCAAACGAUCCAUUCCGCACAUGGAGAUUCCGUACAUGGUCGCUUGUUUCGAACUCACAGAUCUUGAGGAACGUCAAUUGGCACUUGAGCAGAUUGAUAUUUUUAUUGAAUUUUCGAGAAGAUCAAGAAUCAGGCUAAAAAAUCAAUUGACUGCAUUUUGGGCAAUCAAAGACAUUCGAGGACAAGUACACUGGUGCGACGCCGUCUCCUGGCUACCACACUGAGCCAAACUGUGAAAGGCAAGUCUGCAACAUUAUAUGAUAAUUCGACAGCUUUGGUUGACGGCGUACAAAGCAAAAGGCUUUUACAUUUGACAGUGCUCUCCCAGUGUUCGGAACGCGGGUUGUCGACGGGCCAUUUGUUCGUAUCGCUUGGAAGUUGAGAUCCUAAUCUUCUUUCCCCAUAUGAUCAGGGGAACGGGGAGUAAAAGGACGGCUAGAUUGAAGGCGGCUGUGAUGAUUGCGACAUUCUGGAUGCCCAUAGCCUUAUUCCAUGGAGUGAGUGUGAAAAGAAUAAUGACGGAGAAGACAUUCCUGACGAAGGUGAUACCAAUCAUAGCGUCUCCGAGAAUCUUGAACAUGUCAAGUUAGUAUCUGUAAUGCAAUCAAGAAGUUUUAGGCGUCUCCUUACCUCUUGA